CAAAACGCAGCUGACAGGAAAAUAUUGAACAAUUUCUUCGUUUUGCUUUGCAAAGUUUAUUUUUAUCUACUUUCUUAAUUCAAAUGAAUUAUUUUCCUUAUCUUUAAUACCAAUUUAACUACAAUGAUUCCUUAGAAAAAUUAACUUCUGCAUAUAGUUUUAAUGUACACCAUCAUUCCAUCAUUAUAAAAUAAAAUAAACAAAUCUUUAAAAAAUGGCUGGCGAGUUAACACAAAUCGGAUUCUCUAAUUUGGUCAAGGACGGCAGUUGCAGCUUCACCGACUGGCCAGACGACGAUAUAGACAACGAAAGUCACAUCAAUGGAGUCAUCAUGACGGAGGAUAUGAUUAAGCAGGAACCAGAGUUAGUAGUUGACUUAAAUAAUCCUGACGAGGAGCAUAAAAUUCGCUCGUUCCUCGAGAAGACCAUUGUCGAUGAUGAGGAGCGACAACAACUCAAUUGGCUUACCUGUUUGGUCUGUGAUGAACGCUUUCUGACUACCAAAGAACUUUCCCUGCAUGUGUUGGAGCAUACAAAAACCGAAUCUAAAGAUGAUAUCCCAAAGGAGCUGACAAACCGACAAGCACCGAAAACUCAAUACACAGGAUUUUCGAGACAGGAACUACUGCAAGACUACGUUAAUAUUGCCGUCGAGCUGGACGGAAAGGCUACUUACACCUGCAAACUAUGUCCGAAUAAAGUUUUUGCGCGACAAGUUUCGAUACGGAAUCAUAUGAGAAUCCACGAAAAUCCAACUUACAAAGAACGCUCUUGCCAUAUCUGCCAUAAGACGUUCCUUCGGCGAGAUACGCUGCUGGUCCACUUAAGGGUUCACAGCGACGAACGAAAGUACAAAUGUGACGUUUGUGAUGCUUCCUUCACACAUUCCAGUUCCCUGGUCUCGCACAAACGCAUCCACACUGGUGAGAAGCCGUAUGUGUGUACGAUUUGUAGCAAAGCGUUUCGCGAAUCUGGACAGCUCGCGGCCCACAAGAAAACUCAUUUUGAGAAGCUUUUGCAAUGUCCCAAAUGCGACAAGAAGUUUACCACCAAUAAGACUCUUCGCGGCCACUGCCGCACGCAUACCGAUGAGCGUCCGUAUGCGUGCUCCUACUGCGCAAAGACGUUUCGUUCAAGCACAGGUCUGACAACACAUCUGCGGGUACAUACAGGCGAGAAACCGUACAAAUGCGAGAUAUGCUCCUACGCUACCAAACAGUCCGGAUACCUGCGGACGCACAUGCGAACCCAUACCGGCGAGAGGCCCUACAAGUGCUCCUACUGUGACAAGGGGUUCUCGGAGAGGAAGCGUCUAGUGACACACACCCGAAGUCAUACGGGAGAACGUCCCUACAAAUGUAUAUAUUGCGAUUCGGCAUUCGCUCGCACUGAUAACCUCAAAUAUCACCUGCGAACUCACACCGGUGAGCGGCCCUUCGAAUGUGUUGAUUGUGGAAAACGAUUUACCCAACGUACAGCUUUAAUUGUUCAUCAAAAGAUUCACACCGACGAAAAGCCAUAUUCUUGUCCCCAUUGUGACAUGAACUUCCGCCAGAGCGGGACCUUGGUCACUCAUUUGUUGAUGCACUCGAACGAGCGACCAUUUAAGUGUGAUCUCUGCGAAAUGGGAUUCAGACAGAGGGCAUUGCUCAAGCGACAUGUUGCCAGAGUACACGGGGAUGGGGGUAUCUAUCUCUUCCGGAACGCACCCAUUGCUUUCCCAUGGAAUUUCUCUCCACUGAGUUAUGGAGAGUUUCCAUGGAGACCAACAAUGAGGCAAGUGACAGCUACAUCACAAAAUAAACAACAUCCAACAAGUCAACAACUUUUGGGAUUGAGGAUGCGAAAGGAAAAGAAAUUGCUGGGCUAUUCUGGUGGUUUUCCGUCUAAAUGGGGUCUGUAUUUACAAAUAAAUGCAAUACUGGGAGAAAGACAACUGAGUAAUGUGGAAAAUCUACAAGAGGACAGCAUUAUGGGAUCUCAUCAUUUCAUUACAAAUUUCAGAAAAAUGGCUGGAGAUGGCGAGUUAGCACAAACUGAAUUCUCAAAUUUCAUUAAGGAGGAAAACAAUACCUACAAUGGAUGCGAAUGGUCAGGUGAAAACAAUGUAGACGAAGCCGACCACAUCAAUGGAUUUCUUAUGACCGAAAACAUAAUCAAACAAGAGCCAGAUUCCUUUAUUAGGUUCACUUUAAAUGACCAAGAACCAGAUAAAGAUGAAGUAAAUUCGUUCCUCGUAAAACCUGAGGAGCACGAACAGAUGGAUUAUUUUUCGUGUCUAAUAUGUGGUGAACGUUUCUUAUCCACAGAAGAUCUUUCACUGCAUGCUGCAGAGCACAAAUCGGAGCUGUACGAACAUCUCCCGAAGAAAUCCUCCAACCACAAAGCACCACCAACUCAGGUCCCUGGAUUAUCCAGGCAGAAACUUCUCCAAGAUUAUGUUAACAUUUCCGUCAAAUUAGAUGGAGAGGCUACGUAUACCUGCAAACUUUGUCCCGACAAAGUAUUUUCCCAACUGGCGUCCAUACGGAAUCACAUGAAAAUCCACGAGAAGCGCACGUAUAAAGAACGCUCGUGCCAUAUCUGUCUUAAGGUGUUCUUUCAACGAGAAACUCUAUUGGCCCACUUAAAAGUUCACAAUGAAGAAAAAAAGUUGAAAUGCGAUAUUUGUGAGGCAUCUUUUUCAGAUCCCAAUUCUCUAAACGCCCACAAACAGGGCCACUCUAGUGACAAGUUCUAUGUUUGUUCUGUCUGUAGCAAAUCGUUUAAAGAGGCUGACGAGUUAAAAGAACAUAGAAAGAUUCAUACUCCUGAAACAUUGUUACCAUGCCCCAAAUGCGAUAGAAAAUUCGCCUCUUAUAAGGCUCUACGCAAUCACUAUAGUACGCAUAAAGAAGAGCAUACAACAACGGAACCGACGACGGCUCCUACUCCAGUUGACGACGAUGAGAAGCCUUUCAAAUGUCAGAUGUGUAGUUACGCGACCACACAGUCCGGCUAUUUGCGGCGACACAUGCGUACCCACACCGGUGAGAGACCCCAUAAAUGUUCCUACUGUGACAAAGCAUUUGCGGAGAGAAAGCGUCUGGUUUCCCAUACCCGAAGUCAUACGGGUGAACGCCCGUUCAAGUGCACCUAUUGCGAUGCAUCAUACGCUCGCAACGAUAACCUCAAGUAUCACCUACGCACGCAUACCGGCGAGCGACCAUUCGAAUGUGAUCAAUGUGGAAAACGAUUUAUCCAACGUGCAGCACUCACCGGUCAUCAGAAGAUUCAUACCGACGAAAAGCCAUAUUGUUGCCCACAUUGCGAGAUGAGUUUCCGCCACAGCGGUACCUUAGCCACGCAUUUGUUGAUUCAUACAAACGAGCGACCAUUUAAGUGUGACAUCUGCGAAAAGGGCUUUACACAGAAGGCUUUGUUGAAGCGACAUGUCAACCGUGAACACGAAAAUGGCCAGGGCGCUGAUACUAUUUAAAGAGUACAAUGAAAUAGUUUUAUUUAUAUUUAUUAGUAGGUUAACUGCAAAUUCAUGGAUUUACUUAAUUUACUUUGAAUAACCUUUUAGAUUUUAUUAUUUAUAAACAAAAAUAACAAUAUAAAAGUAUUAUCUUAAAUAAAUCAUUGAAUUUAUUUUGACUUUGAAUUGAUCUCGAUCUAUUUAAUAAGAAUAUUAGUGUGAACCCAAUAUUGACAUCAUUCUGUGAGGGGUGAGUUUUCAUUUAACCAUCUUAAUUUGAUGUGAAACAGAUGAAAAGAAAUUAGUAAAACUUUUAAUAAACUCUGAAUCUAAAAUUGUA